UUUUAAUUGUCUGCAAUUACUAAGUAGUUUUUAAUGACUCCUAGGGCAAAUAGCUUUUGUGGAAAAGGAACUGAAAAUGACAUCAAGUAACCCUAAGUUAAGUUAAAAUCAAAAUAUAUUCAAAUUUAAAAAAAAAUGUGACUAAAAUAAAUUCCUGGUGCUCUACUAUGAUUGACACCAAAUUCUUAUGGACUACUGUGAUUGCCUCCAAUGUCUGUCCAAGUACGUGAUUGAUAGUGAUCAACUUUACUGAAGAAAUCUUUUUUUCCCUGUGAUGCUAAACAGAUUUUAACCAAAGUCAUUUACAAUGAACGCACCACCGGUUCCCAAACCACGAGUAGCAACUCCAAGCAAAAUCGCCCAAGAUUUACCAAAAAAACCAAUUCCUCUGCCAAGAGUCAGGAAUCGGCAACCAACUUAUGACAACCAAAAUGCUUCUCAGCCUUUGUACAAUAACACCAAUUUGUCUUCAUCAAGUGCAUCUUCAAGUGUAGAAGAUGAUAGUGUGGUUAAUAUUUUGGAUGCGACUGAUGAACAUUAUUAUGCAACGAUUUUGGAGAAACCUGAUCCGCCUCUGGCGUCUCCGAGUGAAAAAAGGGGCAGGAACGGAUUUGAUAGGAGCAGGGAGUUGAUCAAGACGUUUUCUUCUGAUUUACAGGAGAAAGGUAAAACCUAGUUGGAAGUCUCGAGAAAGGCAAGAAGUCUGCCCGUAAUCGUAUAGAAAGAACUACAAAACAAGCAAAGGAUGAAAUCAGUAGACGAGUACAUAAAAAAUUUGCAAGCUUUGGACGAGAUACAAGCAUGGGUGUAGUGCACAAAUUUCUCCUCCAUUUAUUGAUGAUCGUCCAAUCUCCAUGGCCGGCUAAUCCAAAUGCCAAAAUCGCACCGGAUGAACCCUGCUUUUAUCCAGUUCUAAGUUCCAAGAUUCAAGAUUUAAGUAAGAUACCUGAUGAUGUUUCAAGAAGUUACAGCCCACCACCUCCUGAAUACCCUCCACC